UAUAAUCAGGAUAUUUCUUCUAGGCUGGCUGAAAAUUCAUUAAAAUUGUAGCACUUGAAUUAGAAAUAAAUCGGGUUAUUCAGUGUUUGGAAUAUGGUGGUUCAGAAGGAUAAAGAAUCUUUUUUCUCAUUUCAUAGUAUCAGCUGUGGAGUUCCCAAGAGUGCUCAGAUAAGUCUUAUGUAUUCAGUUCUAUUUUGCUAAGAAAGAAUUUCAAUAUGGACUUGCUAUUAUGAGAAUAUUGAGGUGUGAAAUUUGUAUCUCUAGGAAGAGGAAAGGCCAUCAAAAAUAAUUUCUUGACUGGGCAUGGUGGCUCACACCUGUAAUCCUAUUACUCUGCUCUGGGAGGCGGAGGCAGAUGGAUUGCCCAGAGUUCACAUGUUCCAAACCAGCCUGAGCAAGAGCGAGAUCCUGUCUCUAAAAAUAGCCGGGCAUUGUGGUGGGCGCCUGUAGUCCCAGCUAAUCAGCUGGCUGAGGCAAGAGACUAGCUUGAGCCCAAGAGUUUGAGGUUGCUGUGAGCUGUGUUAACUUGUCACUCUACCAGGGGUGACAAAAUGAGAUUGUCUCAAAAAAAAAAAUAAUUAUUAAGCCUGAGCAAAGAGUGAGACACACGCACACCCUCCACCCGAAUCUCUACUAAAAGUAGAAAAAUUAGCCAGGUAUGGUACUACAGGUAGUCCCAGCUACUCAAGAAAUUAAGACAGGAGGAUCAUUUGAGCCCAGGAGUUUGAGGUUGCAAUGAGCUAUGAUGAUGCCACUGCCCUUUAGCCUGGACAAUAGAGCAAGAUCCUGUCUCAAACAAAAAAAAGAUAGAAUUUUUCUUUGUUCUCUCUUCUCCAUCACUACCAAUAUUUCUCCCUCUUUUUAGUCAUUUGGUCUUUGAAUCCAUUGAAUUCUUGAGAUAACUUUUGGAAUUCUAAUUUGAUUUUAUUUGCUAUCCAGAUCCUGAAUUCAAUUUCUGACAUCUCAGCUAUUUGUUUGUGCAUGGGGUCUUGUGCUGUUUCUGCCCCAUUGAUCCUUGGGGGAGUUGAUCUACUCUGAUUAUUCAUAUUGCCAGAGUUUUUCUGUUGAUUUCGCCUCAUGAUUGUUUUUCACCAUUGCCUCUGGCUGUCCUCAGAGUUGGGGAGGUGUCUCUCCAAGAUUAGACCCCAGCGGGAUCACUCUAUUGUUGCUGGAUCUUUGUAGGGAGUAACCCUGUGUAGUUCCUCUGGGGCUGCUCUAGGUAGGGAGUUCUGGUUGUGGAAGCAGCUCCCGUUUGUGACACACCCGGAUCCAGCAACAGGGCUGGGGUUGGUGCGCACGGUUCUGGGAGUGCCAGGCGCCCAGUGACUUUGGCACAGAGAGACUUUCCCCCAGUCUCUGGCCAGGAGAAGAGCUCUGUGCAGAGGCAGGGAGGGCUCCAAAAGGCACGCAGCUACCAGAGUCCCUGUCCAGAUGAACGGGCUAGUGUGGAAGCUGGGAGGACACUGGAGGGAGGACGCAGGGUUGUGUGGCUCCCGCAGUUCCUGGUCAGGGAAUGUGGAGGCCCGGUGGGUGCGGGUCACUGGUCGGGGGUCGCUGCACAGCUCUUAUGGAGGUCUGGGCAGCGCCAAGCCCAGGAGUUUGAGGUUGCUAUGAGCUGUGACAUCAUGGCACUCUACCCAGGGCAACAGCCCAAGGCUCCAGUGUGCCAAAACCAUCUUACUCUGUCCCUAAGGAUUACGGCUGUAAGGCAGCUCAGUCCCCGCCUUUAGGCUGCUCAGUCAGUAGGUUACUUUGACCCUGAGGAAGGAGCUUGCCGGGGCAGUUCUUUCACAAUGGCUUCCUGCGCCCAGCUCAGUGGCUCAUUCUGGGGCCCCAGACAAUGCCCAAAGUUCUCCACACUCCUGCUCAAGCUCUCCCCAAGGCAGUUCAACUGAGUGCCAAGUCCAAGAAGACCGAAACAGUUCACAGGUUUUGCUGCAGAUAUUCCUGAAUUAUCCACAGUGCUGCACUGCAAAGAUGGUUCAGCUGACAGCUACCCCUGUGUUUGCCCUUGUUGAUGAGCCAGUGCAUAUCCGAGCUACAGGCCUGACCCCCUUUCAGGUGGUGACUCUUCAGGCAUCACUGAAAGAUGAAAGGGGGAACAUGUUUUAUUCUCGAGCCUACUAUAGGGCCAAUGAAGUUGGUGAGGUGGACCUAGAACGUGAUUCUUCACUAGGAGGGGAUUAUAUGGGCGUCCAUCCCAUGGGCCUCAUCUGGUCCCUGAAACCUGAAAAUUUAUUAACUAGACUAUUGAAAACAGAUGUGAUGAAUAGCCCCUUUCAGGUCCAAGUAAAACUUUACAACUCAGAUUUCCUACUAAACAAUAAAACUACCAGUGCUCCAAAGGCAAGCCUUACUUUAGAGAGGUGGUAUGUGGCACCUGGUGUCACAAGGAUCCAUGUCCGAGAAGGCCGCCUUCGAGGAGCCCUCUUUCUCCCUCCAGGAGAGGGACGUUUCCCAGGGGUGAUUGACUUGUUUGGUGGUGUAGGUGGACUGAUUGAAAUUCGGGCCAGUCUCUUAGCCAGUCGUGGCUUUGUCUCCUUGGCCUUGGCUUAUCGUGACUAUGAUGAUCUGCCACCUCAACCAGAGAUAACAGAUUUGGAGUAUUUUGAGGAAGCUGCCAACUUUCUCCUGAGACACCCUAAGGUCUAUGGCCCAGGCAUUGGGGUAGUCUCUAUAUGCAAAGGAGCUGAGAUAGGACUCUCUAUGGCUAUUCACCUAAAACAAAUUACAGCCACCGUACUUAUUAAUGGAACCUGCUUUGUUUUUGGAGUUCCACAGGUUUAUCAUGGUCAGAUCUAUCCACCUGUUCCCUACUCUUCACAAUUAACAACCAUCAAUACCUUGGGGUUAACAGAGUUCUAUCGCAUAUAUGAGGAAACUCAAAUUGUAGCCAGUCAGGGUUUUCUUCCCAUUGAAAAAGCCCACGGACAUUUCCUCAUCAUUGUGGGAGAAGAAGAUAAGAAUAUCAACAGCAAAAGGAAUGCUGAGCUAGCCACAGACCGGCUGAGGAGGAACGGCAAGAGCAACUGGACCCUGCUGUCUUACCCUGGGGCAGGCCAUCUGAUAGAGCCUCCUUACUCUCCACUGUGCCCUGCCUCAGGGAUCAUUACCUCCUGCUCAUCCAUACACUGGGGAGGAGAGGUGAUCCCACACGCAGCCGCACAGGAACAUUCUUGGAAGGAGAUCCAGAAAUUUCUCAGAAAGCAUCUUAUUCCAACUGUAACCAGUCAACUCUGAGAAGACUAGAAUCCUAAGAAAUUGAGAAGUUAAGCUCUUUACCAGCACCAAUUGAUUUUUGUGGAAGAAUGUGGGGUGUUUUUGUUUUUCCCUCUCACAUUUAGUGUUAAUUUGAGUGGUAAAAAUGGCACAGGGCUGAAAACUUGAUAGCUCAAUUAUACCACAUAGCAAGCUAACCAAAUUAGACAUGGGAAUACACUUACAAAGUAAUUUUACUUAUUAUUUCUAUGACUUUUAUUCCAAUUAGGCCUUUCAAAUAGGACCAAGAUACAGCACAUUGGCAAAAAUUAAAAAAGGCAAAUAGGAAUAGUACCAAUGUAAUAGAUACUGUAAAAAUAUCAUGCCAGCAAAACCUCAUAUAGUAACCCAUUAUCAGAUUACAGCAGCAGAAGAAAAUUAUUUCUAAAUCAUAAUCAUUUUAGCAGUUAUUUCUAACUCAUAAUCAUUUUACCAUUUAGCUUCACAAUGGUAGCUUUACAACAUCAUUCCUAAUUUGUGCAGUAGUAAAAUUCCAUCAAAAAGGAAAGGGUGGGAGUUCAUAGCACUAACGUUUUGGGAGAAAGACCUAGCAGAGGUGCCACCUUAUAGGACCAAACAGACUUCACACAUUUCCCCUAAUUCUUUAAGCUUGCUUUAUAUUUUUCUUUCUUUCUUUCUUUCUUUCUUUCUUUCUUUCUUUCUUUCUUUCUUUCUUUCUUUCUUUCUUUCUUUCUUUCUUUCUUUCUUUCUUUCUUUCUUUCUUUCUUUCUUUCUUUUUAUUAAAUCAUUGCUAUGUACAUUGAUAUGAUCAUGGGGCAUCAUUCACUAGCUUCAUAGACCAUUUACCAAGUUUCACAUAUACCCUUGUAAGAUGCACCACUGGUGUAAUCCCACCAAUCCCCUAACCUCUACUCACAUCCCCCCUCCCUCCCCUCCCUUUCCGCCUUCCCCCUAUUCUUAGGUUGUAACGGGGUUAUAGCUUUCAUGUGAGAGCCCCAAAUUAGUUUCAUAGUAGGGCUGAGUACAUUGGGUACUUUUUCUUCCAUUCUUGAGAUACUUUACUAAGAAGAAUAUGUUCCAGCUCUAUCCAUGUAAAUAUGAAAGAGGUAAAGUCUCCAUCUUUUUUAAGGCUGCAUAAUAUUCCAUGAUGUACACAUACCACAAUUUAUUAAUCCAUUCGUGGAUCAAUGGGCACUUGGGCUUUUUCCAUGACUUAGCUAUUAUGAAUUGGGCUGCAAUAAACAUUCUGGUACAAAUAUCUUUGUUAUG